AACACAUGAAACCCUAAAAACAUGGAAUCUCUAAACAAAGCCUCACUCCUCUUACUCCCUCUCUUGUUCCUUUCCCUGCUCAGUCAUUCCCAUGGUGAAGGAAUAGCUGUGUACUGGGGCCAAAACGGUGGAGAAAGCUCCUUAGCAGAAACUUGCAACACCAAAAACUACCAAUUUGUGAACAUAGCCUUUUUGUCCACAUUUGGCAAUGGCCACUCCCUCAACUCAGCUGAGGAAGCCAAUCAACUUGCAACCUACCUCUGGGACCAUUUCCUUGGAGGACAAUCUGGGUCAAGACCAUUAGGUGAUGCAGUGUUGGAUGGCAUUGACUUUGACAUUGAGUCUGGUGGUAGAGAACAUUGGGAUGAACUAGCCAGGGCACUCAGUGGGUUCAGUUCACAAAGAAAGGUGUAUUUGUCUGCAGCUCCACAGUGCAUAAUCCCUGAUGAACGCUUGGAUUCUGCCAUCCAAACUGGGCUUUUUGACUAUGUCUGGGUUCAGUUCUACAAUAACCCAUCAUGCCAAUACUCCGGUGGAAACAUCGACAACUUGAUCAGUUCAUGGAACCAGAUGAUCACUGUGCCAGCCACACAAGUCUUUAUGGGGCUUCCUGCAGCUGAAGCAGUUGCUCCAAGUGGAGGUUUUGUCCCUUCUGAUGUGUUGAUUUCUCAGGUUCUUCCUAAGAUAAAACAGUCUUCAAAGUAUGGUGGAGUUAUGCUAUGGAGCAGAUUCUGUGAUCUCCAAAAUGGUUACAGUAAUAAUAUUAUUGGCAGUGUUUAAGUACUUAAUUGUCAAACACUGCUUAAUUAAUUAAUGAUCACCACUUAAUAUGUCUUGUGAACUCAAUAUACAAUUACUGU